AUGAACAAAUAUAUUAACAAAUACACUUCACCACCUAACCUAUUGUCUCUGCGACAACGAGCUGAAGGCAAGCACAGAACAAGAAAGAAACUCUCUCAUAAAUCACUAUCUCACGAUGAUGAGAUGUCAACAACUUCAAACACUGAUUCCAAUCACAAUGACCCCAAUGACCCGAAUAGAGUAAUUACUAGUUCAACUGGCCAUAUCGGAAAAAAGUCUUUUGUAGACUCAGAGUUAGAUACAACAUUUUCUACUUUAAAUUUGAUUUUUGAUAAACUUAAAAGCGACGUGCCACAAGAACGAACCUCUGGCGCUAAUGAACUAAGCACUACUUUGACAUCAUUGGCAAGGGAGGUAUCUGUCGAGCAAUUUCAAAGGUUUAGUAACAGUUUAAAUAAUAAGAUAUUUGAACUUAUUCAUGGUUUUACCCCAAGUGAGAGAAUAGGCGGCAUUCUCGCCGUUGAUACUUUGAUCUCGUUUUAUUUGAGUACAGAAGAAUUACCCAAUCAAACUUCAAGGCUUGCUAACUAUCUACGUGUCUUAAUCCCAUCUAGUGACAUUGAAGUUAUGAGAUUAGCGGCCAAUACCUUAGGCCGUUUGGCCGUGCCAGGUGGUACACUAACAUCAGAUUUUGUCGAAUUUGAAGUCAAAACAUGCAUCGAUUGGCUUACUCUCACGGCAGAUAACAACUCUUCGAGCUCUAAAAUGGAAUACAGGCGGCACGCUGCGCUAUUAAUUAUAAAAGCGUUGGCAGAUAAUUCGCCCUACUUGUUGUAUCCCUACGUUAACUCUAUUCUCGACAAUAUUUGGGUGCCAUUAAGAGAUGCAAAACUCGUCAUACGAUUAGAUGCCGCAGUGGCAUUGGGCAAAUGUCUUACUAUUAUUCAAGACAGGGAUCCUGCUUUAGGGAAACAAUGGUUUCAAAGAUUAUUUCAAGGUUGUACACACGGUUUAAGUCUUAAUACAAAUGAUUCAGUUCAUGCUACUCUGCUAGUAUUUCGGGAAUUACUUAGUUUAAAAGCACCUUAUCUCAGAGAUAAAUAUGAUGACAUCUACCUGUCUACUAUGAAAUACAAGGAAUACAAAUUCGACGUCAUAAGAAGAGAAGUUUAUGCUAUAUUGCCUCUUCUGGCCGCUUUUGACCCUGCUUUUUUUACAAAGAAAUAUCUUGAUAGGAUAAUGGUUCAUUAUUUAAGAUAUUUGAAGAACAUUGAUACUAAUGCCGCGAAUAAUUCGGACAAACCUUUUAUACUAGUUUCCAUUGGCGAUAUUGCAUUUGAAGUCGGUUCAAACAUUUCGCCUUAUAUGACACUCAUUUUGGAUAAUAUUAGAGAAGGUUUAAGAACUAAAUUCAAAUUCAGAAAACAAUUUGAAAAGGAUUUAUUUUAUUGUAUUGGUAAAUUGGCGUAUGCUCUGGGACCAGCUUUCGCUAAGCAUUUGAAUAAAGACCUUCUUAAUUUGAUGUUGAAUUGUCCUAUGUCAGAUCAUAUGCAAGAGACUUUAAUGAUCCUUAACGAAAAAAUACCCUCCUUGGAAUCUACCGUUAAUUCGAGGAUUCUGAAUUUACUGUCAAUAUCAUUAUCUGGUGAAAAAUUCAUUCAAUCAAACCAGUACGAUUUUAAUAAUCAAUUCUCUAUUGAAAAGGCUCGUAAAUUGAGAAAUCAAAGCUUUAUGAGAAAAACUGGUGAACCUAAUGACGAUAUUGCAGAUGCACAAAUUUUAAUCCAAUGCUUUAAGAUGUUGCAAUUAAUUCAUCAUCAGUAUUCCUUGACCGAGUUUGUUAGGCUCAUCACAAUUUCCUACAUUGAGCAUGAGGACCCAUCCGUUAGAAAAUUAGCAGCAUUAACCUCUUGUGACUUAUUUAUCAGAGAUGAUAUUUGUAAGCAAACAUCAGUUCAUGCUCUACAUUCUGUUUCAGAAGUAUUAAGUAAGUUGCUUAUGAUCGCAAUAACUGAUCCUGUAGCAGAAAUUAGAUUAGAAAUUCUUCAGCAUUUGGGAUCGAAUUUUGAUCCUCAAUUGGCACAACCAGACAAUUUACGCUUACUUUUCAUGGCAUUGAAUGAUGAAAUAUUUGGUAUUCAAUUGGAAGCCAUUAAGAUAAUAGGCAGAUUGAGUUCUGUUAAUCCCGCCUAUGUAGUUCCUUCACUAAGGAAAACAUUAUUGGAACUUUUGACACAAUUGAAAUAUUCAAAUAUGCCAAAUAAAAAAGAAGAAAGUGCGACUUUAUUGUGCACUCUGAUAAACUCUAGUGAUGGAGUGGCGAAGCCUUAUAUCGAUCCUAUUUUAGAUGUCAUUCUUCCCAAAUGUCAAGAUACUUCAUCUGCGGUAGCAUCCACUGCAUUAAAAGUUCUUGGCGAGCUAUCAGUUGUUGGAGGUAAACAGAUGACACGUUAUAUAAAAGAGUUAAUGCCCCUCAUUAUAAAAACAUUCCAAGACCAAUCAAACUCUUUCAAAAGAGAUGCUGCCCUAACAACGUUGGGACAGCUAGCUGCUUCCUCUGGUUACGUUGUUGGUCCUUUACUAGAUUACCCAGAGUUACUUGGGAUUUUGAUUAAUAUUCUUAAGACAGAGAAUAACCCUCAUAUCAGGCGCGGAACAGUCCGCUUGAUUGGGAUACUAGGCGCUCUUGAUCCAUAUAAACAUAGAGAAAUGGAAGUCACAUCGAACUCGAAGAGUUCGGUUGAGCAAAAUGCCCCCUCAAUUGACAUUGCACUAUUAAUGCAAGGAGUAUCACCAUCUAAUGACGAAUAUUACCCCACUGUGGUUAUUCACAAUCUCAUGAAGAUUUUAAAUGACCCAUCUUUAUCAACUCAUCACACAGCCGCAAUUCAGGCCAUUAUGCAUAUUUUUCAAAACCUUGGUUUACGAUGCGUUUCUUUUUUGGAUCAAAUCAUUCCAGGUAUUAUUUUGGUAAUGCGUUCAUGCCCGCCAUCACAACUCGACUUUUAUUUUCAACAGUUAGGGUUUCUUAUCUCAAUUGUCAAGCAACAUAUCAGACCUCAUGUCAAAGAAAUUUAUGAUGUAAUCAAAGAAUUUUUUUCAAUUAUAAAGCUACAAAUUACAAUAAUAUCUGUCAUAGAAUCGAUAUCUAAGGCUCUAGAGGGAGAAUUUAAAAGAUUUGUCCCGGAGACAUUAACAUUUUUCCUUGACAUUCUGGAGAACGACCAGUCCAAUAAAAGAAUUGUUUCAAUUCGUAUAUUGAAAUCUUUAGUAGUUUUUGGACCAAACUUAGAAGACUAUUCUCAUUUGAUUAUGCCCGUAGUUGUUAGAAUGACUGAGUAUUCCGCUGGAAGUUUAAAGAAAAUAUCAAUUAUAACAUUGGGUAGAUUAGCAAAGAAUAUUAAUCUCUCUGAAAUGUCAUCAAGGAUUGUUCAAGCGUUGGUAAGGAUCUUGAAUAAUGGGGACAGGGAACUAACCAAGGCAACCAUGAACACGCUAAGUUUACUUCUUUUACAACUAGGUACUGAUUUUGUAGUGUUUGUGCCAGUUAUUAACAAAGCACUGUUGAAAAAUAGGAUUCAGCAUUCAGUAUAUGACCAGCUUGUUAAUAAAUUACUGAACAAUGAAGGUUUACCAACGAACAUCAUAUUUGACAAAGAAAGCGAAGCACCGGAGAGAGAGAAAUAUGAGGAUGAACUACAAGUAAAGAAAUUACCUGUGAAUCAAAAUAUUUUGAAGAAUGCGUGGUAUUGUUCUCAGCAGAAAACCAAAGAAGAUUGGCAAGAAUGGAUAAGGAGGUUAUCUAUUCAAUUAUUGAAAGAAUCGCCUUCAGCUUCCUUGCGUUCAUGUUCAAGUUUAGUUAGCGUUUAUUAUCCAUUGGCGAGAGAAUUAUUCAAUGCUUCAUUUUCAAGUUGCUGGGUUGAACUUCAAAGCACAUACCAAGAAGACUUGGUUCAAGCUUUGUGUAAAGCUUUAUCAUCUUCAGAAAACCCCCCAGAAAUUUAUCAAAUGUUAUUAAAUUUGGUAGAAUUCAUGGAGCACGAUGAUAAGCCAUUACCCAUUCCAAUCCAUACGUUGGGUAAGUACGCCCAAAAAUGUCAUGCUUUUGCGAAGGCACUGCAUUAUAAAGAAGUGGAAUUUUUAGAAGAGCCUACAAAUUCAACAAUUGAAGCCCUGAUUAGCAUCAAUAAUCAACUUCAUCAAACAGACUCUGCGAUUGGUAUUUUGAAGCACGCACAGCAGCACAAUGAAUUACAGUUGAAGGAGACGUGGUACGAAAAGUUGCAACGCUGGGAGGAUGCUCUUGCAGCAUAUAAUGAAAAAGAGGCAGCAGGAGAAGAUUCAGUGGAAGUGAUGAUGGGGAAGUUGAGAUCACUGUACGCCCUUGGAGAGUGGGAACAACUUUCUAAAUUAGCUUCUCAAAAGUGGAGUACAGCGAAACCCGACGUGAAGAAGGCGAUGGCACCUUUGGCAGCUGGAGCUGCUUGGGGUCUGGAGCAAUGGGAUGAAAUAGCCCAAUACACAAGCGUUAUGAAAUCUCAGUCUCCAGAUAAAGAAUUUUAUGACGCGAUUUUAUGUCUACACAAAAACAACUUUAAGAGGGCAGAAUUUCAUAUUUUCAAUGCAAGAGAUCUUUUGGUUACCGAAUUGUCGGCUCUUAUUAAUGAAAGCUAUAAUAGAGCAUACAAUGUUGUUGUUAGAGCGCAGAUUAUAGCGGAGUUGGAAGAAAUCAUUCAAUAUAAGAAGUUACCACAGAAUUCAGAAAAACGAUUAGUAAUGAGAGAAACUUGGAAUACGAGAUUAUUGGGUUGCCAAAAGAAUAUUGAUGUCUGGCAAAGAAUUUUACGUGUCAGAUCAUUGGUAAUUAAGCCAAAACAAGAUUCUCAGGUCAGGAUCAAGUUUGCAAAUUUGUGCAGGAAAUCAGGAAGAAUGGCAUUAGCUAAAAAAAUUCUGAACACAUUGCUUGAGGAAACUGACGAUCCAGAUCAUCCCAAUACUGCUAAAGCAUCUCCUCCUGUCGUUUAUGCGCAACUAAAAUAUCUGUGGGCAACAGGAUUGCAAGAUGAAGCUUUGAAGCAGCUAAUCAAUUUUACCUCUAGAAUGGCUCAUGAUUUGGGUUUGGAUCCAAACAAUAUGAUAGCCCAAAAUGUGCCUCAACAAAGCAAAAGAGUUCCGCGUAAUUUUGAAGAUUACACUAAGCUUUUAGCCCGUUGUUUCUUGAAGCAAGGAGAAUGGAGAGUUUGCUUACAACCUAAAUGGAGAUUAAACAAUCCAGAUUCAAUUUUAGGUUCUUAUUUGCUUGCUACACAUUUUGACAAUAAAUGGUACAAAGCUUGGCAUAAUUGGGCGCUAGCCAAUUUUGAAGUCAUUUCAAUGAUGACGUCUGUGUCAAAAAAGGAACAGGAAGGAAGUAAUGCUGCUUCUGUUGCUGACCUCAAUGAAUUUGGAAAUGGUAUGAUUGGAGUUAACACAUUUGAUGCUAAAGAAGUUCAUUAUUCUUCUAACUUGAUACAGAGACAUGUAAUUCCAGCCAUUAAAGGCUUUUUUCAUUCUAUUUCGUUAUCAGAAUCAAGCUCUCUACAAGACGCAUUAAGGUUGUUAACUUUAUGGUUCACAUUUGGUGGUAUUCCAGAAGCAACUCAAGCGAUGCACGAGGGUUUCAACCUGAUCCAAAUUGGUACAUGGUUAGAAGUAUUACCGCAAUUAAUUUCUAGAAUUCAUCAACCCAAUCAAAUAGUUAGCAGAUCAUUGCUCUCAUUAUUAUCUGAUCUAGGCAAGGCUCAUCCGCAGGCCUUGGUAUAUCCGUUAAUGGUUGCAAUUAAAUCCGAGUCUUUAUCGAGACAAAAAGCAGCCUUGUCUAUCAUUGAAAAGAUGAGAAUACACAGUCCAGUUUUGGUCGACCAAGCAGAACUUGUUAGUCACGAAUUGAUCCGUAUGGCAGUACUAUGGCAUGAGCAAUGGUAUGAAGGUUUGGAUGAUGCUAGUAGACAGUUUUUUGGUGAACAUAAUACCGAGAAAAUGUUUGCUGCCUUAGAACCGUUGUACGAGAUGUUGAAGAGAGGGCCAGAGACUUUGAGAGAAAUAUCCUUUCAAAAUUCUUUUGGGAGGGACUUGAAUGAUGCUUACGAAUGGUUAAUGCAUUAUAAGAAAACCAAAGAUGUUAGCAAUUUAAACCAAGCGUGGGACAUCUAUUAUAACGUUUUUAGAAAAAUCGGUAAACAAUUGCCGCAACUGCAAACCCUGGAAUUACAACAUGUUUCACCAAAACUACUAUGUGCGCAUGACUUAGACUUGGCCGUCCCCGGGACCCGUGCUAGUGGGGGUAAACCAAUUGUUAAAAUAUCGAAGUUUGAACCUGUAUUCUCAGUUAUCUCAUCUAAACAAAGACCGAGAAAAUUUUGUAUCAAAGGUAGUGAUGGAAAAGAUUAUAAAUAUUUGUUGAAAGGACAUGAAGAUAUUAGACAGGAUAGCUUGGUUAUGCAACUAUUUGGUUUAGUUAAUACGUUGUUACAAAAUGAUGCUGAGUGCUUUAGAAGGCACUUAGACAUUCAACAAUAUCCUGCAAUCCCCCUUUCUCCUAAGUCUGGGUUACUGGGUUGGGUUCCGAAUAGUGACACAUUCCAUGUAUUGAUUAGAGAGCACAGAGAAGCUAAAAAAAUUCCAUUAAACAUUGAGCAUUGGGUCAUGUUACAAAUGGCACCUGACUAUGAUAAUCUAACAUUGUUACAGAAAGUUGAAGUUUUUACGUACGCUUUGAACAAUACUGAAGGACAGGACCUUUAUAAGGUGUUGUGGUUGAAGAGCAGGUCAUCGGAAACAUGGUUGGAGCGAAGAACGACAUAUACAAGAUCUUUAGCUGUCAUGUCCAUGACUGGUUAUAUAUUGGGCUUAGGUGAUCGUCACCCUAGUAAUUUAAUGUUGGAUAGGAUUACUGGGAAAGUUAUCCAUAUCGAUUUUGGAGAUUGUUUUGAGGCGGCCAUAUUAAGAGAAAAAUUUCCUGAGAAAGUUCCAUUCAGAUUGACUAGAAUGCUAACAUUCGCUAUGGAAGUGAGUGGCAUUGAAGGUAGCUUCCGUAUCACAUGUGAAAAUGUUAUGAAGGUGCUUAGAGACAACAAAGAUUCGUUAAUGGCAAUUCUCGAAGCUUUUGCUUUUGAUCCCUUGAUUAAUUGGGGUUUCGACUUACCGACGAAGAAAAUUGAGGAAGAGACUGGUAUUCAAUUACCAGUCAUGAAUGCUAAUGAGCUAUUGAGUAAUGGCACUAUUACGGAAGAAGAAGUCCAAAGGGUUGAGAAUGAGCAUAAAAAUGCUAUCAGGAAUGCAAGGGCUAUGUUAGUUUUAAAACGUAUAACUGACAAAUUAACAGGGAACGAUAUAAGAAGGUUCAAUGAUUUGGAUGUUCCUGAACAAGUUGACAAAUUAAUCCAGCAAGCUACGUCCGUGGAGAAUCUAUGUCAACAUUAUAUAGGCUGGUGUCCAUUCUGGUAG